AACCUCUUCGAACAACUCAGCAGCAUCCGUCGUAUCACCUUCAACCAUCCGCCACGCCUUUCGCUCCUUGCCGACUCACGCACGGACGCAAGAGGAUCCAAAAGGUUAAGGCGUACGAGUUUCCAGAAACCUUCCCACCAUGCCGGCCCUCGAAACCGAUCUUUUGAACCCUGACCAUGCGGUCGAAAUGAAGAAGCACAAGCUCAAGCGGCUAGUACAGUCGCCCAACUCAUACUUCAUGGAUGUUAAGUGUCCCGGUUGCUAUGUCAUCACCACUGUUUUCUCCCACGCCCAGACAGUAGUAGUAUGCGGAGACUGCACCAUGGUGCUUUGCCAGCCGACAGGUGGUAAGGCCCGCCUCACUGAGGGCUGCUCAUUCAGAAAGAAGGUCGAUUAAGGACAAAUUUUUUGCUUUUCAUGUGUGCUGUUCGGCUCCGGGAGAUAUGCUCACUUUUUUGAAGCGCUGGGUUAAACAGAAUGGUCUAGACUUGCUGUCGGUUGUCUGAAUGGCGGUCUGAAGAGUUUGUUGCGAGGAUGUGAUAGAUUGUUCCACUCUACGUGGAGCUUUGUGUUUGUUAACCUAUGCGUGGUCGAGCUCUUUAUAGUCUUACUCCCCGCUCUUACUCCGCGCCCUUGUAGAGUAUCCUGCGGCCGUACGGCUGUUUUAGUGUGGCAUUGCAAGGACAGGCUGAAUAUUACGUAAAGAAAGGUCGAGAGGUAUUGUUUUCACCUGACACCAGUUUCA